GUGAAAACAAAGAUAACAAAGGCAGUAAUUUCUUAUGCUACCCCAACCAAUACCACCAAUACUUCCCAUUGAUCACAAAAAAGUAACCAACUAAGCAGACCAAUCAUAUGAGACAAGACAUCCUAAGGAAAGGUUUUGAGCAGCCCUGAUUGAAAGAGAGAGGAAACCAACCAAACCAAUGUCGUGCCAAGACGUAAAGCACAGAUCAACAAUGCUGAGAGGAGAGGAGACAGCCGAGGUCAGGAAGAAGGUAGUGACAGCCCAUCAGUCUGGGGAAAGCUACAAGACCAUCUCCAAAAGAUUCCAGCUCCAUCCAUCCACUGUAAGACAAAUCAUUUACAAAUGGAGAGCACUCAGCAUGACUGCAACUCUGUCCAGAAGUGGACAGCCAUCAAAACUUUCACCAAGAAGCACCAAAAAAAUAAUACUUCAGGUAAAGGCCAACCCACACAUCGCCUCCAGAGAGUUUCAGACCUCUCUGGCAGCAUCUGAGAUAAAUGUCCAUGCAUCAACAAACAGGUGAAAGAUGAAUAGACAGUGGGAGAGUUGCUAGAGGGAAGCCUCUGCUCUCAAGAAAGAAUAAGGUUUUAAACUUUGCCAGAGAGCACUUGGACAAACCAGAGGCCUUCUGGAAGUCCAUUCUUUGGACAGAUGAGUCCAAUAUUGAAUUAUUUGGCCACAAUCACAGGCGCCAUGUUUGGAGAAAAGUCAACACUGCAUAUCAACAAUAGAACUUCCUCCCAGCAGUGAAGCAUGGUGGUGGAAAUGUGAAGGUCUUGGUCUGCUUUUCUGCCUCCAGACCUGGACGACUCCAUAUUAUCCAGGGAACCAUGAUUUCCCAGGCCUAUUAAGAAAUUCUCGACCAGAAUCUCCGUCAGUCAGGGAGUUGAAGCUGGGACAGAAAUGGAUUAUGCAACAAGACAAUGACCCAAAGCAUUCCAGCAAAGCUACCAAAGAAUGGCUUAAGAGAAAGAAGAUUAGCACUCUGGAUAGGCCUAGUCAAAAGUGCAACACACACCGCCGCCAUACGCCACGCGUCAAAACGCCACGCGUCAAAACGCCUGCCUCCAUUAUAUUCUAUGAACAAACCCACACCGGCGCCGGCCGAUGUGCCGCGCCGCUCUGCUUCAGCCCACUGUUCUAUUUCCAGCGCGGCCAGCGCUGCGAGAAAAGCCUUAUAUGUACGUUUCGGCCGCCGUAGUAUCAACUUUUUCAUAUUUUUGAUAAGACGAUUUUGAUAAGAAACUGACCCAUGAAAACCAAGUUGUUGUUGCCUCAAAGUUUUUCCUCUUCUUCUUCCGUUACUAGCAGUUGGCAACCAUUGGCAACUAGUGUAGGUACAGCCACCUAGCGGGCUGGGGUGGGAAAUACACUUUAGUUUUGAUGGUGCCGCGAUGUGUGUUGGGGGGUGGCACUUGAUGGCCACAGCGCCGCGCUGGCGGCAGUGUGUGUUGCACUAAGGUCUGGACCUCAAUCCCAUAGAAAUGUUGUGGCAAGAUCUGAAGUAGGGGUGAGUCUGUGUACAUGUUUGAGAUCAUAAACGGUUAUGAAAAAUUAGUACACAAAUUUUUUUUUUUUUAGGGGGGAGGGGGGUGAUACUAAUUGUUGACUAACUGUGAUAGACUGUGAAUAUGACAAGAAAUGGUGUGAGACCGGGUUUGGCAACAGGUCAGUAGCCUACGUGCUCCGUUCUAUUAAAACGGCGCGUUCGUUAAGGGCGUUGUUCGCCAGUGGGCUACAAUGAGUACUGGGCCAUCAAAUCACAGUAUCUGCGGUGAGAGGACAUGGAAUUGUUUGCGCUUUUACACACGGGUCAGUGGUGAAGCGGCGCACAUGACUUGUACUACGGACGGACGGACGAGCCAUGUAUCUCAGUGCCGCUUAAAAACAGGUAAUACAUCUGGCUACAUCUUUCCCACAUGAAAUAUCUGUGAUCACCUAGACCCACGUGCGUAAAAGCGCACAUGAACUCACCCUAAUCUGAAGUGGGUGGUACAUUCCAGAUGUCCCUACAACCUCUCUCAACUGGCUGAGUUCUGUAAAUUAUGUAAUGGACAUAAAUUACAGAAAGCCUGUUAAGCAUUUUAAUAAAUUAUAUUCAAAUAUAUAUAUAUUUUUUUAAAGAUUAUUUUUCUGGGCUUUUUGCCUUUAAUUGACAGGACAGUGUGUGAAAUGGGGAGACAGAGAGAGAAUGGGGACUGACACGCUGCAGCAAAGGGUCACAGGCCGAACUCGAACCCACGACUGCUGCAGCGAGGCAGUGCCUCUGUACGUGGGGCGCUGGCACCAUCCACUACGCUACCGACGCCCCAUAUUCAAAUAGUUUUAUUGAUUUUCAUAGCAAAUACUCACAGUGGUACUCAAUACCCCAAAAUAAGAUACACCAGAAAAAUAAAAUAAGACAGAAAAAUAAAAUAACUGUAUACAUGAAAUAAAUAUACAAACACAUACACGUAGCACACACACAUAUAUAUAUACCUGCAUAUACAGAGAUUCACAUAUACACAAAGGGGGUGGGGGGGUUACACUUAGGCUACACUAUAUUGAGGGAAGGGAAUUCUUCCUUGAAAUAGGAUAGAAAUGGUUGCCAGACUUUAUAAUAUUUAUGGGUAGUGCCUCGGGCAGUAUAUUUAAGCUGUUAAAGUUUAAGAUGGGACAUCACCUCCUCCACCCAAUGCCUAUGAGAAGGAGGUGUAACCUUCUUCCAACUAAAACCUAGUUCACAUUACACAAUUUUCACUGCGAUUUUGACGUCGCUGAGGAUCUUGAGAGCCACCUUGGGUCAGAGGUGAGUCAGCAGAUAGUCUGCCACGACAAGUCCUCAUGUGUGAACAAGCCUACGAGCAAGUCGCCCCCUCGUCUGAGACUGGGACUGGCUAUCUGGCAUGCUAGAAAACUGGAGAGGUGUGACGCGACUGACAAAGAGCAUCAGCCAAUGAGAGGCGGGAUACGUCCCACAUCAGCGCACAGGAGGAUGGAAUAAAUGUGAGGAGGACAAGCCGGCAAGCAACAACAACAACGAUGGCAGCGUCCACAGGAGCAGGUAGAGUGUGUAGUGUUUGGACCCAGGCCCUGGAGACACAUCUAAUUCAACUCUGGGAGGAAUAUCCAUGCCUUUACAACGUGUCGUCUCCAAGUUACCACGACCGUCUGGAGAAAGAAAAGGCAUGGAGGGCGAUUGCAGACUGGCUGCAGGUACCAGGUGAGCAUAGCGCUUUUGGUUACUACAAGCUUUUGCAACAGUGGAUAGGUACUAGCUAUGCAAAAUAAAAACAUGACACUAUAAAUGCCAACAAUUCCGAUCAGUUUUAGAAGUUAACAAUGAACACACUGUUUUAUGGCUUUUGGUGCUUUGACUCGUGGAAAUUUUGUGUAAUAUCACCUGUCUAAACACAUCUUUUGAUAAAUGAGGAUACCUUCAGUGAUUACAGUUUGUUUUGUUCAACGUUGCUGUUGUAUUACAUUGCGUCGUCAGGUAUGGUAUGCAUUCACGUUCCUCUCUGAAUUUUGGUUCACAGUUGAAGAAGUAAAGACAAGGGUGGCAAGCCCGCGCACACAGUUCUACCGGCUUAUCAAGCCAAGACCAACUGGGAGUGGGACCAAGCCCUUAACUUCAAGGCAGAGGUGGCUUCUGGCGGCUCUGGGUUUUAUUAAAAAAGCACAUUGUCCAUUGUGCUUGUGAGACGACUUUGAAUUUACCAUGUGAUGAGGCGUCUUCGAACCUGGACCUGACAGAAACCCCAAAUUCAUCUCCACCGGCACUGUCUGCGUGUACUACAUUCUCAUCCCCAUCUCGCCCCGCUACACCAGAUGAAGGCGCUCCUCUUGCAGCUCCCUCAAGAGGAAGGAAACGCAGGAGGGUGGAUGACAUUGAGACUCAAAAACUUGACGUCCUGAAGCAAAUGGCGACUCUAUACACAGGAAGAUCCAGCCACUUUGCAUCAUUUGGGAACCAAGUGGCUGUGGAACUGGAACUGAUCAAUGACCCAGCAACAGUUUCCAGGUUAAAAAAGACAUAGGCUGUGUCCGAAAUCAUUCACUACUCCCUAAAUAGUGCACUAAAUAGUGUGUUCGCCAUUUUGUAGUGCUGUCCGAAUGUUGAGUGUAAAUUAAUAUACCCUAUAUGGUGGACUCAUAGUAUCCCACAAUGCAGCGCAAAAAGUAGUGUACAACCAAUGGUCACUAACCAAACAAUAUGUACCAUGAUGCAUUGCGGUGGCGCCAGUAGCAGAUGGCAGACAUGGCGGACAGUGAGGAGGAGCACCCAGUGCAGCAGGGAAAUACAUACAAAUGGACUGAUGAUGUGACCAAAUUAAUUCGCCUGAGGAGAGAGAGGGACCACCUCUUCUCAGGCAAAAGGUUUGCCGAGGCAGCCGGAUCGAAAGCUGUACUGAAAGAGAUGGGCUUGGCUGGGAUGGUGAGCCCUGCCCGAGCAGCAAAGAAGUGGGAGAAUCUCGAGAAGACGUACAAGUUAUGACAGAGUCUAUAGGCCGCUCUUCCUCCAUCUCCUCCAUCUCCUCCAUCUCUCUGAGAGAGAUCAGAGCUGAGACACAUCUAGUCCUUCAAGCUUUCCUCCAUCGGACUGUUUCCCUCCCCCUGACAGACAGGCCUGGGACUGUAGGAGGGGCCUACAGAGAUCAUAACAAGUACAGUGCUAGCUCCAAGCCACAACCCAAAGCAAAGGAUGGGUGGGAUUCUCAAGCUGAAGAAUGCAAUUCAGCAGAUGAGAAGAACUCUGGAUUCAAGGACUUCAUAAAGCAGCUGCCUCGAUACAACAGCUCACGCCGCUCACUGGACAGGGACAACAAGACAAAACCGUCACACCUCAGAGACCAAAUAGAAGAUGAUGUCGUAUCCCCCUCCUCUACAUCAGAAGACGAGGACAGCGAGAAGAAACAGCAGAAGAAGCUGAGCCGAAAGAAGUUUAAGAAAAAGCUCUCCAAGAUCUUCAAGUUAAAGUUAGAGAAAGAGAAGGACAAAGAGAGGCCUGGAUCUCCUCCUCAGAGACCUACCACACUGUCAAUCGCCAAAGAACCAGAACCGACCCCGACCCUUGUCUCUCCCAACCAUCCUCCAGAGUUCUAUGAUGAAGUAGCAGAGAAACUGGAAAAGAUUGCCCAGAGGUCCACCAGUGUAAAGAAACUGAGCCCCACACUAGCGAGUGAGAAAGACGCAGUGGUGCAACAGCUUGCUCAGGUGCUGUCUUUGGAGGGAGAUUCUAUCAACACUAAGAUCCAGUCAGACCCCUUUCUACGCUCCAGCUUGACUCGUCUUUCCUAUGCAUCGUUUGCCAAGCUUCUAGACACUUUCAGCAGUAUUCAGGUAUCUGGGGCUCCAACCCUGCCGCCAACGGCUAGUCCAACACUAAGACGCAUGGCUGUCACCAUGGAGGUAUCACGGAGGAUAGUGACAGCCACAGGCACCCAGCGCAUGCAAGGCUAUGCACAGUGCUACAUGGAGACAUUUGCUCCCUGGGUCAAGAGCCAUGGAGGAUGGGAGAAUGUGGUACAUUUGGAGGACCCUGCAGAGUACGACUGACUUCUCACAGCUCUCAGGUGUCUUUUUAUUCCAAAUAAUCACUGGCCAACACUGAGCUCUGGAUGGUGUCAUCAAAGUGAAGAGAGGCAGAUGGACAAGAUUUCUCACAGAGUCUCAUCUGGACUGUGACAAGAUUCCAAAAACUUCUUUGAUUGAUGUUAAUCUGGGAUUUAGGCAUCAGAAAGUUACUGUUUUUACACGGUCAGAAGAAGGAGCUAUGUAUAGAUACUUUUAUGAAGGAUUUGUCAGUCAGUUUGAAAGUGAUAGCAAGCUGUAAUGGUGUUUUGACUUGGUUAAUGGGUGGUUUACAUUUGGAUCAAACAAUCAUUUUAUUCUCUGACUUUGCUCAAUGAGAUAAUCCCAUUGUUAAAGCUGCAGUUUCCGUUAUCUCAGGUCCCUCUAAAAAAACUUUUACUUA